AUGAGUGUCUCGCCUUCCUAGAGAGGUAUGUGGGCUGGGUGCUUAAAUGUGGGAAGGAAUUUGAAUGUCUGAAGUUUUGUGUCUGAGUCCCAAGUUGUGUGUGUGUGUGUGUGUGUGUGAGAGAGAGAGAGAGAGAAUGAGAGAACUCUGUGGCUCUCGGUGUAUGGAGUUUCAUUUAGGGAGAGGAAUUGUUCAGGGUCUUGAAGGUGUGUGUGGGGUUGUAUGUCUGAUGGUGUGCAUGAAAGUGUGUGUGUUUGUGUGUGUAGGGAUUGUAUGGCCGACACUGCAGGAGUGGGGUUGCAUUUCUGAAGGUGUGCAUGGGCUUGUGUGUCUGAAGAGUUCUGUGUGUGUGUGACUGUAUGUCUGUGCGGUGGUAUUUGUGUCAAUUGCACACAGAGGUGUGUGAGACUGUGCGUUUGGAGCUGUGCGUGAUAUGUUAUGUAUGUGAUUUCUCUCCUCUCUUUCCUUCCCCCAUUCACUCCUCUGGCCAGCAGAGUGUUGAGAUAAAAUGUAGAGGAAGCAUACAUUUGCCCACUGAGCUUGCUUUGGUUUUAGGAUGUAGAGGCCCUUCCUUUCUUUCCUUUGGCUCCAAGGGAGGGGUGGCCAUCCCAUCUUAUUGCACCCCAAAAUCAAGGGUGGGGAAACAAGGUGGGAGACCCAUCCUGAGCUCCUGCAGACUGGGGACACUUGAAGGGCCACUUCCUAGACAGCAAGUCUAAAAAAAAAAGAAAAAGAAAAAGAAAAAGAAAAAAACAACAACAAAAACCAGGGUCAAGAGAAUGCCUAGGACCAGGAGAGACUGGAAAAGAGAGAACCCAGGGUUCAGUGUUUGUCUCUGCCCUCAGCUGUGUGUCUGUUGGGUUUCUGCUUUAUAUCAACCCCAGUUGAUCUCUAUUUUGUGCCCACCAGGCGCUGUUCUAAGCGUCAUGUGAAUUGGGCCAGCCAAGCCCCACAAAAGUGACCAGUUCCAUCAAGGUGGAGGGAGAUUUGAAAUAAAGAGCUCAGGUAUGCUCUUCUGUUAGGACAGGGACUAGCAAAUUUUGUCAGUGAAGGGCCAGAGAGAUUGUACUGUGGCCCACACACUCUCUGUCCCAACACCCCUGCUCAGAUGUUGUAGUAUGAAAGUAGCCAUAGGCAACACGUAAGAAAUGAGUGUGGCUCUGUGCCAAUAAAAUUACUUAUACAAGCAAGCAGUGGGCUGGAUUUGGCUCUCAGACUAUGGUUUGUCCAUUUCUGCCAUAUGCUGUACGGCUUCUUGUAAGGAAGAGAAAGGAAGGAGACAAAACUAGUUCUGGACCCUUUGUGGCUAGUUGGGAUCUCAGCUGAAUACUACCUGGGGACCCACAGAUAGACCAUGAGCAGCCACGGGAACAGCCUGUUCCUGCGGGAGAGCGGCCAGCGGCUGGGCCGGGUGGGCUGGUUGCAGCGGCUGCAGGAGAGCCUGCAGCAGAGAGCACUGCGCACGCGCCUGCGCCUGCAGACCAUGACACGUGAGCACGUGCUGCGCUUCCUGCGCCGGAACGCCUUCAUCCUGCUGACCGUCAGUGCUGUGGUCAUCGGAGUCAGCCUGGCCUUUGCCCUGCGCCCGUACCAGCUUACCUACCGCCAGAUCAAGUACUUCUCUUUCCCUGGAGAGCUUCUCAUGAGGAUGCUGCAGAUGCUGGUGCUGCCACUCAUUGUCUCCAGCCUGGUCACAGGUAUGGCAUCCCUGGAUAACAAGGCAACAGGGCGGAUGGGGAUGCGGGCAGCUGUGUACUACAUGGUGACCACGGUCAUUGCUGUCUUCAUUGGUAUCCUCAUGGUCACCAUCAUCCAUCCUGGGAAGGGCUCCAAGGAGGGGCUGCACCGCGAGGGCCGCAUUGAGACCAUCCCCACAGCUGAUGCCUUCAUGGACUUGGUCAGAAAUAUGUUUCCACCCAACCUGGUCGAGGCCUGCUUCAAACAGUUCAAGACACAGUAUAGCACGAGGCUGGUAACCAGGACCAUAGUGAGGACAGAGAAUGGAUCUGAGCCAGGCACCUCCAUGCCUCCCCCGUCCUCAAUGGACAACGGAACUAGCCUCCUGGAAAAUGUCACCUGGGCCUUGGGCACUCUGCAGGAGGUGCUGAGCUUCGAGGAGACUGUACCUGUGCCUGGCUCAGCCAAUGGCAUUAAUGCCCUGGGCCUUGUGGUUUUCUCUGUGGCCUUUGGGCUGGUCAUUGGUGGCAUGAAACACAAGGGCCGAGUCCUUCGGGAUUUCUUCGACAGCCUCAAUGAGGCUAUUAUGAGGAUGGUGGGCAUUAUUAUCUGGUAUGCACCUGUGGGGAUCCUGUUCCUGAUCGCUGGGAAGAUCCUAGAGAUGGAGGACAUGGCUGUCCUGGGGGGUCAGCUGGGCAUGUACACCCUGACCGUCAUUGUGGGCUUGUUCCUCCAUGCUGGUGGUGUCCUGCCCCUCAUCUACUUCCUCAUCACCCACCGGAACCCCUUCCCCUUCAUUGGGGGCAUGCUGCAGGCCCUCAUCACUGCCAUGGGCACAUCUUCCAGCUCUGCAACACUGCCUAUCACCUUCCGCUGCUUGGAGGAGGGCCUGGGUGUGGACCGACGCAUCACCAGGUUCGUGCUGCCUGUGGGGGCCACUGUCAACAUGGAUGGGACUGCUCUGUAUGAGGCCCUGGCCGCCAUCUUCAUCGCCCAAGUCAACAACUAUGAGCUCAACCUGGGCCAGAUCACGACCAUCAGUAUCACGGCGACAGCAGCCAGCGUUGGGGCUGCUGGCAUCCCCCAGGCAGGUCUGGUCACCAUGGUCAUUGUGCUCACAUCGGUCGGCCUGCCCACUGAAGACAUCACGCUGAUCAUAGCUGUGGACUGGUUCCUUGACCGACUUCGCACAAUGACCAAUGUCCUGGGGGACUCUAUUGGAGCUGCCGUCAUUGAGCAUUUGUCCCAGCGGGAGCUGGAGCUGCAGGAAGCUGAGCUUACCCUCCCCAGCCUGGGGAAGCCCUACAAGUCACUCAUGGCACAAGAGAAGGGGACGUCCAGGGGACGGGGAGGCAACGAGAGUGCCAUGUGAGGGGCCCCCAGCUCUGCCGCUCAGAGAGGAGGGAAUAGGGCUGGGGUGGGGGCGGGGGGGAUGUCCUAGGGAAGACCUGCUGCUCGAAUGACUGUGCACUGAACACACAUGUUCUGUCUGGCUUGUUUGGUGGAAACCGAGAUAAAGGAGCAGGGACGAAAGGAUGUCCAAAGCCUCCAUUUCUCUCUAAGUGCAUGGGGAGAACUUGUGGAGAGCAGUGAGCAAGGCAGGGAGGAAACUCUUCUCCUGGGACUGGGGGUGAGGACAGCUUGGGGUCCCACAAGCUGAGGGGUCAGCUUGUGUUAUUUAUUUUCUCAAGGAGUGGUGGAAUUGAAAGAGGUAAAGGAAAACUACCAUUUAUUAUAAUAAAACAAUAUUCAUGAUCUCCGUGUUGGGGGUCCCCAUAACCUUCAGUGAUUUUCUAGGACACGUGGAACUUGUAAAAGCUUUGAUGCUCACAUUUAUGACUUACUGCAGUGAGAGGAUACAGAUUAAAAUCUGCAAGGACAAAAGUUGCCUGGUGCAGGGUCCAGAAGACACCAGAUAUGGGCUUCCAAUUGUCCCCUCUGUGGAAUCCCAUGGACGCCCUUAAUUCUCUCAGCAAUGAUGUGUGACAGUACGUAUGCCAGCCAAGGAAGCUCAACUUAGCCUUGGUGUCCAGGAUUUUUAUUGGGGGCUCUGUCUUGUAGGCAUGGAGUGCUUCAGCCCCCACAGAAGUCAAGUGAAUAUAGUCUUGUCCAGGGCCCCAGGUGAACAAAAACAGGCAUUCACCAUAAAUUACACAGUCAGCAUAGACAACCUGGCACAGCACAGGGCCCUAGGUUACAAAGACACUUUUAUCAGGGAGGAUAUUCCAAGGACUCAGAUGUUAUUUCCUGGGAGCUGAUCAAAGGCAAAUCCUUUCUCUGGACUAUGAAGGCUUUGAGUACCCCUGGCCCUUCCAGUUAACCCUUUACUUCAUACACCCAUGGCUGGUAAUAGAGGAAGCAGCUUCCUAUAGGGAUGAGUAGCAGCAUCUUGUAGUCCUAACUCUUGACUCCGGAAACCAGUUGGCUCAGACACCCAUGCUGACCUCGGGAAGUUCUGUGUCUCCUUACUAUAUGGGCAAGCCUAAUGAAUCAGGUGGGACAUUAAAUGAGACCUUAAUAAAACUGGGGGAAAGCCCAAGUAAAUAGAGAGUAACAUAAUUCCAGACAUCAUGGGUAUAACUUAACUCUAUAAUCUUUUUGUCUAGGGAACACAAUAUUAGCUUUUUCUAAAUCAAAUAAACUUCACUUGAGCACCUAACUCUCUCAAGGGGGAAGGGACAUUCCAACACAGGUAUGUUUGGGGAUGCCUCUCCCCAUUCUUUAGGAUCCCAAGAGAACCCUUGAGCUAUGUAAAUUGGAGAAUGUGGAAGAAGGAAUCCAAGAAUUCUUUAACUUAUUUGCAGUCACCAUGAAAACAUUUAUGCCAGUGACUGGAAAAGUCCAUGCAAAGGCAAGAUGCUUAUAGAACAUCCUACUUCACAUUUGACUCUUGGGAGAUUUGCCUGGGAUCCCAAUCUCAAAGCAGAAUUUCUGCCUCUAGCCCAUGGUCUGUGUCAGUAGAAAUCUCCUGUGGAAGCAGGGUGUAUUAGUUUGCUAGGGCUGUGAUGACAAAGUACUACAGACUGGUGGCUUAAGCAAUAGAAAUUUAUUUUCUCAUAGUUUUGGACACAAAUCUUUGACUUGAUUCUAUUCACAUAACCUCAGAAAACAUCUAAAUGAGUUUGCAAGGUGACGUUUACCAAUUAGGCACGCAUCCUAUCACCUUGGAUAUGUCUAUUAAAACAUGAGAUUUGAUUUAUUUUUCAAGAAGUCCAAACCAUCACUGAAGGUUACUGAGAAAAUAGCAGGUUCUAUUCAUAUCAAGUUAAAAUUACUAGUUACAAAAUGAAAAAAGGAAUCUACAAGGGAACCUGAAGAAAAAUAGAAGGCAGGGAAGAACCAAGGAAAGUCUUUCUUGAAAACAUGUAAAAUUAGGAAAAAUAAAAAAUAUUGCAUGAAGGAAACAAAGAUUUGUGGUCUUCAGUAUCGUGUGCCCAGGUACUCAGGAGAGUCCUAUAAUGGUCCUGAUGCUGAGAGGCACCACCUUCCUGAGGAAUGCAGCCAGGGCCCCCAUCAUGUCCCUGUUCCUCAAGCUGUAGAUGAAGGGGUUCAGCAUGGGGGUGACAAUAGUGUACAUCACUGAGGCCACCAGACUUGUCCUGGAAGAUGAAGUCACUGCAGAACUGAGGUAGACCCCAAGGCCUGUGCCGUAGAACAAGGAGACCACUGAGAGAUGAGACCCACAGGUGGAAAAGGCUUUGUACUUGCCCCUGGUUGAUGAAAUUCUCAGGAUGGAGGAGAAAAUCUGAGAAUAUGAAAAGAGGAUUCCAGAGAGAGGAAAAAGACCUAGGACAAUAGUCACAAAAUACACCACUAUGUUAUUGAUGAGGGUGUCAGAACAGGAAAGCUUCAGGACUUCAGGAAGAUCACAGAAAAAGUGUGGGAUUUCCAUGUUUUUGCAGAAGGACAGCUCCAAAAGUGUCAAGGUCUCGAGCAGGGAUCCCAUGACACUGAUACACCAGGACCCCAGGGCCAAGAGCCCGCAGAACCUGGGGUUCAUGAUGACUGAGUAGUGCAGGGGGUGGCAGAUGGCCACAAAGCGGUCAUAGGCCAUUACGGUCAGAAGUAAAUUGUCCAGGCAUCCAAAUACAAUGAAAAAAAAAAUCUGGCUGAGGCAUCCUUCAUAUGUUAUGGUUUUGUUCAGAGUCUGGAUGUUCAGCAGCAUCUUGGGGAUGGUGGUGGAGGUGAAACAGAUGUCAGCAAAGGACAAGUUGGAGAGGAAGAAGUACAUGGGUGUGUGGAGGUGGGAGUCUGAGCAGAUGGCUAGGAAGAUGAGCAGGUUCCCAGUGAAGGUGACCAAGAAUAUGGACAGGAACAGCCCAAAGAAGAAAGACUGCAUGUUCAGUUCCUCUGAGAAUCCCUGGAGGAGAAAAUUCCCAACUCCUGUUUGGUUUCCUCUUUCCAUGAGGCUACUGGGUUUGCCCAGAAGGAGGAAAAAAGCAGCACAAGAUUCACUCCAAAUAAGCAUUUCCCAGAAUGAUAGUAAUUUCCUUAAUCCAAACUCAGGGG